UCGCCUCGCAUUUUCUCUCGCGAUAGGCGCUCGUUAGCGCGGCCGCCAUAUUGUGUGACAGUAUUUUGAUUCGUAUCUCUUUGGAAGUUAGGAAGGAAAAUAGAAAAUAGGGGGGAGCAGAGGGGGGACGAAGACGAAGAGCUGUCAAAAGAAUUCCCAAGUCUCCGAAACGGCGGGGGGGCCGCGGCACUCUAUCUCCCCCCGACUGAACCACCAAAACAGAAAAGGCCCGUGUAGUAUUAUUCACCCCCCCCCCCUUAGUGAAGCCGCUCCUCUCCGCCUUUCUGUCGGCACCCCGGCCCAGUGGAGAUCCGGUGGCGGCGUCUCGGGUAUUGAAGGUGGCCCGGGGAGCGGCGGCGGAGACGAAGAUGCGCGAGCUGUGGACCGGGCAGUGCCACCACUGAGGCCCCAGGCAGCUGUACGGAGCGAUCGGUCCUGACCCGGCUGUACACGAAUGGCCCAGGGAAGCCAGCAGAUUGACACCCAGGUUUUCCACGACCUGCGCCAGAAGUUUCCCGAAGUCCCAGAGGGGGUCGUGUCCCAGUGUGUGUUGCAGAACAACAACAACUUGCAUGCCUGUUGCGAGUACCUGUCCCAGGUAAGCACAGGAUACCUGUACGGCGAAGGAAACCUCAGCUUCCCAGACGAGCCCGGCCUGUCCAGACUCCAGAAUCACAUGACCCAGUUGAACCUGGGCCUGCAUUCUCAGAAUGUGCAUGUGUCCCCGGCUCGGGACAGCCAGAGGAUGAACGGCAGCCGGACUCUCACACACAGCCUGAGCGACGGGCCCCUGCAGGGGUCACAGCCCAGUGGGCACUUCCUACCGCCCGAGCCGCAGUCCGCCCCGGCACAGGUGCCUCCCAGCUUCAACGCACUUGGCGUAAUGGACCCUGUCCGGAAACCCCAGCCCCCACAGCACCUGGGCCUCUACCAGCUGGGUAACAAGGGACAGGCACCCCGCUUCAACCCCAUAACCGUCACGCUGGCCCCCAACAUCCAGACAGGCCGCAACACGCCCACCUCGUUGCACAUCCACGGUGGGCCCCAGCCCAGUCUCAACAGCCCCCAGGGCAAUUCCAUCUACAUCCGACCGUACGUCAGCCAGACUCCCACGCCCCGGCAACAGCUGCAGCAGCAGCAGCAACAGCCCCAGGCGGCCUGGUCCCCGUACAGCCCCACGACCCAGCAGCAGACCUACCAGAUCUCCCACCCCUCCCCGCUGCCCGGUGGCCGGGCGCUGCCCUGCCAGCUAGGCUCCUCGCAUACCUCAGGGCACACGGCGCAGGGCCACCAGACAUCCCACGUCUACAUGCCCAUCAGCUCUCCCACGAACCCGCAGGCUCCCUCCAUCCUGCAGGCGCCGGCAGCCUCCAGCGGUCAGUACAACAUACAGGCCAUCACAACAGGCCCCCGCAAGAACCAGAUCGAGAUCAAGCUGGAAUCGCCCCAGCGCAGUAACUCCGCCGCCAUCCUGCAUCCCGUCGGCGGUGUCCGACCCUCCUCGUCCACUUCUGCCGCCUCCUCGUCCUCCUCCUGCCCCUCCUCGUCCCCCAUGGGCACCAGCACCUGCUCCACUGCGCCCUUGUCCAUCAGCGGGACAGCCCUGAACCGCAGCCAGCCCACCCUCUACAUCUCCCCCAGCCCUCCAUCCGCCGCAACCGCUGGUCCCGACGAUGCCGCCGCAGCCCCCUCUGCCUCCCGCCCCCAGCCUAAGUUCUACAUCUCCGCCAACGCGGCCGGCGACGAUGCCGGUGGACGCAACCCUACCGUUUAUAUUUCUGCCAAUUCUGCAGGGCUGCAGGGCCCUGCUGGGGGGCGCGGCGUAGCGGGACAGGUGAGCAUGGGGCCCGCAUACAUCCACCACCACCCGCCCAAGUCCCGCUCCUCAAUGGGGGCCAGUGGUGCAGUGACCUCCCCCCGCGUAGUGGUCACCCAGCCCAACACCAAGUACACUUUCAAAAUCACCGUUUCCCCAAACAAGCCGCCGGCCGUGUCCCCCGGCGUGGUCUCCCCCACCUUCGAGGUCCCCAACAUGCUCAGCCUUCCCUCGGAACACUUUGCCGAGCCGGACCCCCAUCACCUGUCGGACCCGCUGUCGGCACACAGGGAGAGGCCCAGCACCCCGCGCCGGCUCAGUGUCAGCUCUGACGACGCCGCUUACACACAAGCUCUGUUGAUACACCAGAAGGCUCGGAUGGACAGGCUGUGCCACGAGCUGCAGCUGAAGAAGAAGAAGCUGGAGAAGUUGAAGGAGGAGGUCAACGAGAUGGAGAAUGACCUCACCCGCAGACGGCUCCAGAGGUCCAAUUCCAUCUCCCAGGCACCCUCCAUUGAGGAAAUGCAGAACUUGCGUUGCAGAAACAGGAUGCUGCAGAUUGACAUUGACUGCUUAACCAAAGAAAUCGAUCUCCUUCUGACAAAAGGACCACACUUUAAUCCCAGUGCAAUUCAUAACUUUUAUGACAACAUUGGAUUCCUAGGUCCUGUUCCACCCAAACCCAAAGGUACUUUAUCUGUGGAGUCCAGCUCAAGGACCCCAAAGACUGUAGCAGACCAGGAGGAAGACGAAGGGGUGCAGUGGAGCUGUACGGCCUGCACCUUUCUGAACCACCCUGCUCUUCACCGCUGUGAACAGUGCGAGUUCCCACGGCACUUCUGAGCCAGGGGGCGCCAGAGGGCCGCGGCCCAUUUCCCUACCGCUAUCUGCGACUCACUUAGGAACGGGGAUUUCAAGAACGUAUGGACACACUGCAAGGAUUUAUGAUUUUUUUUUUUGUAGAAUGUGGUCCGCUGAAGGCUUGACUGGAUCGUGUUUACAGGUUGUGUUACUUAAGGCAGCAGCCCUGAUAAUACCUCACCUUGGAGUCGACAGUAUGUGCAGGGCCCCCUCCCUGCUUUCUGGGGAAUCCUCAUACUUGGGGGGGCUGCUCGGCACUUCUGCACGCAGUAUUAUGAGUAGUAAUUUUGGCACGAUCGCAUGUGCGCACACACACAUACACAUGCGCGAGCUCUCACUCACUCCUCCAAGGUGUUCAUGUUCCUUCGCCUUUUCUUCUGGGACAGAGAAGGAUCCAGGGAGGGGGCUUGGCUACAGCGCUGCGUCUGACGGGAAAACAAACCAACACACAGCUUUUUUUUUUUUUUUUUUUUCUCUCCUUCCCUCUUCCUUUGUUGGACUAUUCUGGCUGGUCUCUUCCCAGCGGAAGAUGGGAAGAAUGUUUUCCCGCCACCAAAAUGUUGCCUCGCGUCCCUUCUGCUUCAGAUUCCGUUCCUUCGAUCCACAGUUAACGAGUCAAAGUAAACGGCAUGCUUUGUAUGUACAGUACAAGUCGGAUUAAUAGCCCAGUUUUACUGUACAUAGUUUUAGAACGUGCUUUAAACGCGCACCUCCCCACGCUAUGAAUCACUUGUAUUUCCUGUAAGUAUAGCAUAAUAGACUUUUUCUGUUUUUUUUUUUUCCCAACCAAAUAAGCACGUUGUCCCUUUCUAAGCUUUUUACUUGAUAUCUGUGAGAAGUGAAGCCUUGCAUAACAGAAGAGCAAUAAUAUGAAACUAUGCACACUUUCUCCCCUCUGAUCUGCUCGUAAGCCCUGUAAAUGUUCAUUUUUACCCCUCCUGCCCCACUACGACCUGCGGAGAAGCUGGGGAUUUGCCUUGGGGUGCCAAAGACAUCAGACUGGUUGGGAGCCUACGGAACGUCACGAGCCGUCAUCUUGUCUGACAACUGGAAUGUAGGCUUGACUUUUUCGGGGAGGGGGGGGGGGGAUUUUUCACUCCUGUGCUGAGUGACGCCGCGUCCCUUGCAGGACGGUGAGCCGGAGAUGGGGACAACGUUUGGGGAUUGAACUGAGGACUCAUUUUUGGAAGGUGGCAGUUUUUAGGGGCUAUCGGAAAUGGGACGUUUACUAUGCCAUAUGGAUUGAGAAUUAGAACUUGCCAUUUGUAGAUUUGUACUUUUUUAGUGUUUUUUUUUUUUUUUUUUUUUAAAUGUUUCACCAUGUGCCUUUUCCCUUCUGUCUCCAAAAUAACAAUACAAUGUUAAUCAAAGUGAAACGGGAUGAGACAAAGGUGAAAGUGUGUAUAUAAACCCUAUUUGUGACCCCCCCAGACGUUUCCGUUUGUCCCGUAAAGCUUUGACUUUGAUAAUGGUUUGAUGAGAAUGGAGAUUGGUCCUUUACCCUUUUUACGGUUCCCCCUGCAGAGAUCCGUGGAGUCACAUCUUGAUAUGCCAGUGCACAUUUUUUUUUUUUAUUUUAUUUUUUUUUAGAAUGGUGAUUCUGUAACUUGGCCAUACAACUGCGAGAUUAUAUCAAGUUUUUUAAACAGAUCUUUCAGUCAUGGAAGCCAACUGAACAGCUAAUACCAGAGUUGUUACUGAAGCACUUGCAUCAUGCUCUGCUUCCAAAAGGAGUUUUCAGCUUCAUUUGCACCUCGGUGUGAAGAUUCAGUUCAUUACAAUGAUUAAAUGAUUUGGAUAUCUAAAGUUGUUUUUGAGUUUAGCUGGGAAAACGGUCUUUGUAACAGAUAAGUUAUUUGUAAAAAUAAAAAAAAAAAUCUA